GGCGGCUGAGACGAUACGAUAAGCUGGGGAUACGUCGCGACAGCAGACGGUUGCAGCCCAGCCAGUGGUGCUGACCACCAUGUCGAGCGGCGAGGGUGACGAUAGCGAAUAUGAUGAUAUCAAAGUGUUUUUCACCUCUUCAGAGUGGAAGGAACUGACUAGUGAAGAAAAAAGGUGCCACCGAAAGUCAAAGGACAACUAUGAAGCCAUACGGCGCUGCGGGUGGACCACCAGGCCUCCAUUUUUCAUGUGCCGAAAGCCCCCUGCUCCAGCGCGUCAGCAUCCACCUGAGACGCAGGACGAGACUGCCGGAGAGGGAGCGGCGCUCCCAUCCAAGCUGCUCCCAUCUCUACUGGACCAGGCCGAGGAACAGGGACAUCCUCCAGGCCCAUCCCCCGACCAGCCGCGCGAGGGCGCCAGCGUCGAGCCCAGGACCUUGGAAACCAGCAUCUUCGAUCCAAAGACCUCCAGGCUCAGCACCCUCGUGCUCACUACCUCCGAGCUCACUACCUCCGAGCUCACCACCCCUGAGCCCAAGACCUCCGCGGACAGAACCCCCGGACUCAGCACCCCCGGACUCAGCACCCCCGAACCACCCAAGACAUCCGAGCCCCGGACCUCCGCGGUCGCCCGCUUACCCAAGCGGGCCGUAAGCCGCAUGGCGCACAAGGACCCAGUGCUGCAGGUCAACCACUCCCUCGCCGCCGCCGCGCCGCCGCCUGCCGGUGCUGCCGGUGCUGCUGGGGCUCGCGGGGAGCAGGCGCCGGGCGGAGAGGACCGCGGCCAGCAGGACGCCGCCGGGGAGGCGCCCCACCGCUGUGCGACCUGCGGGGCGGUCUUCAGGAGGGCGGCCCUCCUCCGGGCCCACAUGCGGGCCCACGCGGCCCACGGACUGAAUAGCCGUGCACACUGCGCAGUCUGCGGCGUUACUUCAGCGGGUAGUGCUGGCCGCCGUUGGCACAAGGAGUCUCGCAAAGGCACCGCCCCCGAGGCCAGGACCUCCAGGCGCAAGACGCACGAGCCCAGGACCCCCGAGGCCAGGACCUCCAAGCGUAAGACGCACGAGCCCAGGACCGACGAGCCCAGGACCUCCAGGCGUAAGACACACGAGCCCAGGACCUCCGAGCCCAGGACUUCCAGGCGUAAGACGCACGAGCCCAGGACCCCCGAGGCCAGGACCUCCAGGCGUAAGACGCACGAACCCAGGAUCUCCGAGGCCCCGCGCUCCCCCAAGCACUUCGUGAGCCGGAAGACGCACCAGAAGCGUCCAAGCCAGAAGCAAGAGCCGCAGGACAACGUCUCCCUGACCGCUGCCGAGUCGCCGCCUGCUGGUGCUGCUGGGACCCGCGGGCACCAAGCGCGGGCCGGAGGGGACCGCGGCCUCCAGGACGCCGCCGGGGAGGCACCUCACCGCUGCGCGACCUGCGGGGCGGUCUUCAGGAGGGCGGCCCUCCUCCGGGCCCACAUGCGGAGCCACGCCGCCGAUGAACUGGACAGCGGGGAACACUGCGGCGUCAGGUCACCGGAUAGUGCUGACCUCCGUAGACACACGGGGACUCGCGCAGGUGAUGGACCUUACAGCUGCCAGAGUUGCGGAAAUAUAUUUAGUAAGAGGACCGCACUUCGUAGACAUCUGAAGACUCACACAGUUGAGAAGCCUAACGAGUGCCAGGCGUGUGGAAGAGGGUUUAUUGAACGCACCGCCCUCCGUAAACACAUGAGGACUCACACAUGUGAGAAACCUUAUGAAUGCCAGACUUGCGGAAAACGGUUUACUGAACGCGACACACUCCGUGUACACAUGAGAACUCACACAGGUGAGAAACCUUAUGAAUGCCAGACUUGUGGCACAGAAUUCAGGCAACGUGGUAAUCUCCAUGUGCACAUGAGAACUCACACAGGUGAGAAACCUCACAAAUGUCAAACUUGCGGCAAGAGAUUUUCUCGCCGCUCUGCACUUCGUAUACACUUGAGGGUUCACACGGGUGAGAAACCUUACAAAUGCCUGACUUGUGGGGCAGGCUUCACUACGAGUUCUACUCUCAAAGUACACAUGAGAACCCACACGGGUGACAGACCGUAUAUCUGCCAGACUUGUGGGGCAGGUUUCUCUGUGAGUACUACUCUCAAAGUACACAUGAGAACCCACACGGGUGACAGACCGUAUACCUGCCAGACUUGUGGGGCAGGUUUCUAUGUGAGUACUACUCUCAAAGUACACAUGAGAACCCACACGGGUGACAGACCGUAUAUCUGCCAGACUUGUGGGGCAGGUUUCUCUGUGAGUACUGCUCUCAAAAUACACAUGAGAACCCACACGGGUGACAGACCGUAUAUCUGCCAGACUUGCGGUAAAGGGUAUAUUGACAGCACAGGCCUCCGCAGACACCUUAAGACCCACACAGGUGAGCACCCUUACAUCUGCUAGAUUUUCCCACGACUUCUCCUCUCAUAAGACACAGAGGGUCAAAACAGAGUUGUUAGUUUACAUUUACCAUAUUUUUGGCAAAGGUUUGUCUUAAUGUGGGCCAUCUUUGCAGUCAUACACCGAUAAGAAGUCUUUUAUGCCACAACUUUUAAGUGGGAGUAAAAACUCUGCGGACACAUGAAUAUGUACCAUCAUGGAUUGUAAUAGGAGUUAUUCUUAUUGAGAGCGACCAUCGUAACGAAAUCGAACUAUUUAAUGUAUUUCUCGAGCUAGUUUUAGUUUUCUGUUUUUAGUAUCUGUUUGCAGGUUGUUUGCCUUUUUUAAAUUACUCUGUAAUUAUUAGUACUCUGUGAUUAUUUUGCGUUUUUGCUUUUAUCGUCGCCAAUUUGGCUCUGUGGAUUUUUUAUUACCCUAUAACUGUAGUUUACGAGUUUAUUUAA